GGUCCUAUCCAGGAAGUGGAUUCAAGAACCCACCUGAUCAAUUUGAACCAGUAGUAGUAGGCCUACAGUAUAUGUUCCAGGUGCGCUGGACGAAAAGUAUCAACUGGUCAUUAUAUGCGGGAUGUUUUGGAAUGAAACCGGCCGGUUUGGAAUUUGAUUUAGUCUACGGAGGUGCGGAACAGUAACAUGCUGCCGUUUUAUAAUCUCUGUAACAGGAGGGGAUUUACUAGCUGCAGACUAAUCCGUUGAAGAGACCGCAUAUCCAUCGUUAGGACAAUUCGUUUUGCUGUGUUGUGUUGUUCAACAUAGUUUGUGAUACAUUUAUGAAUGUGAUACAAUUUGAUACGUUGUUACGGCGCAAGAGUCCCGAGCGCGGUCACAGAUAGACUGGCGCUAACGGUUCAAGACCAAUAACUGACCAGAUUAAUCUCCAACUAAUCUCCAUGUAUCUGCAACGGUGCUUAGUGAACACAGGCCAUCGGGUUGUCAUUGUACAGUCAGCCUGCAUGCUCUCCAUGUAGCCGGUCGUCGAGAAGUGCGGGGAGAUGCGCGCAGAUGUGGAGUACAGCCCGGUCGGCGAGGGACUGGGGAUGAGCGAGUUCUGGCUCUAUGUGUGGAUGCGAAGGGUCGCAGUGAUCGCUGCCCAUGUCAUAGCGGUGGGUCUCACUGUACUGAUUUCACUACUAUCCCGCCCUGGAACAAGUCUAUUUUCCUGGCAUCCUGUGUGUAUGUCUAUCGCAUACCUCCUGUGCCUGACCGAGGGGAUCCUCCUCUUCUCUCCCGAGGGGACUCCGUUCUGCUUCAAGGCACGGAAGGGUAAAGUCCGUCUGCACUGGUUCAUCCAGGCCCUGGUCAUAUUGGCUGCAGCCACCGGAGUUGGCUUCAUGGUUGCCAGCAAGAAUGUGUCAGAGCGCCCCCACCUGGCCACCUGGCACAGCCUGCUGGGGGUGGGCACCCUGGCUGCCACUGUCCUCCAGGCCGCAUGCGGCAUCUGCCUCCUCUUCCCUAAGCUGCUCAAGCUGUCCCCGCCGCGGCUCAAGCUCUACCACGCCACCUGUGGCCUGGUGGUAUACCUGCUGGCGACUGUGACCGUGGUGUCGGCCAUGUUUUCUGACUGGUUCCAAGCCACGGUGAAGGGGGUGGUGUGGUAUGCUUUCCUGCUGCUGCCACUGUUCCCAGCCCUGGUGAUCAUGAACCAAAUCACUAACGCCUACCUGCCACGCAAGAAGAUCACCACCUGAGACUAAGAUGUAGACCAGGGUUGCCCAACCCUGUUCCUGGAGAGCUACCCUCCUGUAGGUUUUCACUCCAACCCCAGGUGUUACUAACCU